UGCUUUAGGUGCAUAUUGUGUUGGAGACUCGAAACUCCAUACUUUUGAGGGCAAAAGCUAGAUAUGGAACUCACGCUCGUCUCCUCCUCAUCCUUCAAGCAUUCUCUCUUCUCCACCACCCCAUAUAGUAGUUCCCUAAGGUCCUCACGAGCUCUCGUGAUUAAUUGUUGCCACUCUUCAAAGCCUAGGAAAUCGGGCAAAGAUGUGGUAAUAAGGGGCAGUGUGCAGUAUCAGGAGAAGCUGGAGGUGUUGAAGUCGAUGGAGGGGUGGGUGGAGGACAACAUCUUGACCCUCCUCAAGCCCGUCGAGAGCUCGUGGCAGCCGCAGGACUUCCUCCCGGACUCCUCGUCAUCGUCGGCGGAGGAAUUCUUCGAUGCCGUGCGAGAGCUCAGGGAGCGGGCGGCAGGGAUCCCCGACGAGUAUUACGUGUGCCUGGUGGGCAACCUGGUGUCGGAGGAGGCGCUGCCGACGAACCAGAGCAUGGCGAACAGGUUCGACGGGGCAAACGACGAGACAGGGGCCAGCGCCACCUCGUGGGCGCAGUGGAACCGGGGCUGGUCCGCCGAGGAGAACCGACACGGCGACGUGCUCACCCGCUACCUCUACCUCAGCGGCAGGCUGGAUAUGCGCCAGGUCGAGAGAACCAUUCAGCACCUCAUCGGUUCAGGAAUGAUACUGCAUGAAGCUCACGAUGCCUACCGGGGCUUCGUGUACACGUCGUUCCAGGAGAGGGCGACGUUCGUGUCGCACGGCAACACGGCGCGGCACGCCAAGGAGCGCGGCGACAUCACCCUGGCCAGGCUCUGUGGGCUCAUCGCGGCCGACGAGCGGCGCCACGAGACCGCGUACACAAGGAUCGUGGAGAAGCUGUUCGAGCUCGACCCCGACAACGCCAUGCGCGCAUUCGCCGGCAUGAUGAGGGAGCGCGCCACGAUGCCGGGGCUCCUCAUGUUCGACGGCUGCGACCGCGACCUCUUCAGGCACUACUCUGCGGUGGCGCAGCGGCUCGGGGUGUACACGACCGGGGACUAUGCGGACAUCGUGGAGUACUUCGUGAAGAGGUGGCGGGUGGAGGAUGUGGGGCCCGGGUUGACCGGGGAGGGGAGGCGGGCGCAGGACUAUUUAUGCGGCCUCCCGCAGAGAAUCAGGAAAACGGUGGAGAGGGCGCAGGAAAGGAGCGCACGGGAGUCGCGGUUGCUUCCCUUCAGUUGGAUUUUUAACAGAGAAGUCCUCGUGUAAAAUCCAAUUUCCAUUUCCCUCCUGCAUUGUUAUUUACUUAUUUUCCUAAUAAAAGGGUUGUAUGGUUUUUCAGAAAA